AUGUGGCCUAGGGAGGAUAAUCCUACUGAACGGGAUCGUUAUAUAGAUCGGUUUCUUAUCGUAUUUGCCUUUCUGAUGCACUGCUUUCAGGCUGAGCUCGACGCACAUUAUUUACUGAAUAAUCUUGAGGAUAUUGAAGACUUUGCAGCUGGCUUACCAACUAUACUUCUUCAGACUGAAGUGAUUGUUCGAUACGUGGAUGUAAUUAAUCACAGGGACGAGUUAAAGGACUUGCUCAAACGUUUCUACACCAAUAUCUAUGUACCGCAGGAAUCUGAUCAGAGUGUUUUUUCAAGGAUUUCACGGCAAUUAUUGGGACCGCGUAUGAUAACAGUUUUCUAUGUGGCGACCAUGUUGAACUAUUUCCAGGAGUUUGUGGUGAACAUCUUAGCUGGUGGACGGGAAAUGAUUUACAAGCAAGUUUACUUCUUUGAUAACACCAAAAUGCCCCAGUAUUUAAUACUUAUUGGGAUUAACUUUUGGGUGGGCAUAUUAAUCAUCACAAUGCUCUUUGGAGAUCUGAAUUUGCUAGGAGAGCUUUUGAUGCAUCUGAACGCUUGCUAUCUGCAACUUGGCAAAGAUUUGCGGCUCGCUGCAGCUCGCUUACUGGAAUCAAAUGAUAGUACGAAUAUUGCCGCGGAUUAUCGUCGAGAACUUAUCAAAAUACUGCAACGGAAUAUAGAUCUUAAUGAUUUUGCCGCAAACCUCGAGAGACUCUUCACUUUUCGGCUCUUUAUUAGCUUUGCCGCCAGUGCCUUAAUUCUUUGUGUAUUACUUUUUAUAUCAUACAAAACAAACGAGCUGGAUAUGAUGUACUAUUGCGGAGAUUGGGAGCAAAUCAUUUAUCGCUCAGACAAUGUUGAAGAGAAUAAAAAACUUAUGAAGCUUGUCAUAUUAUCUAUUGAGCUAAACUCAACACCAUUUUCGCUAACUGGCUUAAAUUAUUUUACUGUUACACUAACUUCUGUUGUGAAGAUAGUACAAGGAGCCUUUUCGUACUUUACUUUCCUCACAUCGAUGAGCAGCAAUUAA